GCCGGGCCAGGCUGGGCUCGCGGCGUCCCCAUGGCUGCGGCCGGCUGGCGGGACGGCUCCGGCCAGGAGAAGUACCGGCUCGUGGUGGUCGGCGGGGGCGGCGUGGGCAAGUCGGCGCUCACCAUCCAGUUCAUCCAGUCCUAUUUUGUAACAGAUUAUGAUCCAACCAUUGAAGAUUCCUAUACAAAGCAAUGUGUGAUAGAUGACAGAGCAGCCCGGCUAGAUAUUUUGGAUACAGCUGGACAAGAAGAGUUUGGAGCCAUGAGAGAACAGUAUAUGAGGACUGGUGAAGGCUUCUUGUUGGUCUUUUCAGUCACAGAUAGAGGCAGUUUUGAAGAAAUCUAUAAGUUUCAAAGACAGAUUCUUAGAGUAAAGGAUCGCGAUGAGUUUCCAAUGAUUUUAAUUGGUAAUAAAGCGGACCUGGAUCAUCAAAGGCAGGUGACACAGGAGGAAGGACAACAGUUAGCACGGCAACUUAAGGUAACAUACAUGGAGGCAUCAGCAAAGAUUAGGAUGAAUGUAGAUCAAGCUUUCCAUGAACUUGUUCGGGUUAUAAGGAAAUUUCAAGAGCAAGAAUGUCCUCCUUCACCAGAACCAACACGGAAAGAGAAAGACAAGAAAGGCUGCCAUUGUGUCAUUUUCUAAGAAUCCCUUCAGUUUUAGCUGCCAACUGCCAGGGAAAGCCCUCAUCUCCUCCUCUCCUGCUUACGUUUUAUUAGGGAUGAAUCAGUUUUGGAACUGAAGUUAUUUGCCAAGCUGAAGUCAUAGGUUGUGAAAUACUUUUUAACUUCUGGAAUCAUAUUGCCUACUGUUACUCUAAAUAGAAACAUAAGGGUUUUUUUUUUUUUAAAUGUGAAUUUUUGCCUAUCCUUAAAAAUUUUGAUGUCAACUUUAUCUAACCUUAAAUACACUGAAUGAAAUCUACAAAAGUGAGACAUCUCAGACCUUUCUUGAUGCUACAGCUUUUGUUUUCCAGUGGCCAAAAAUACCAAAAUGUCUGUUGUAUUUAUGGAUUAAAAACUGUUAAUGAAGCCUUUGUUAUUACUCCUCCUCUUGAAGAUGAUAAUAUUCUCUGUGGCCAAGUAUUUGGACCCAUUCUGGACUUAGGCAUUUCACUGUAGUUUCUUAAUUUAAUGCUUUUCACACUCUUGCUAAUGGUAAGAAUGAGUAAUUUCUGUCUGUCUUCAUUUUCAAGUAUUUCUGGUUAAGGGAUUCAAAAAAAGUAAAACUUUUUGUUUGAUAUGAUAUAAAAUGUGGAAUUGAUCUUUCCAGAGUCAGAGAGGAUUAAUGUUUUUGGUAUAUACUUUUAUACAUUAUUUUCUUAUCAAACUAGUUAACAAGUAUUUUUAUAUGUUUGUAAGCAAAUGUGCUUUCACAGCAUACCCUGUGUAUAUGUAAAAAUAAGUAUUUAAUUCUCACUGUUCACUUUUAACUGACAAAGAAAAAAUGGAAACUGCAGAAACUGUGGUAGAAGUUUGACUUGCCAGUCUGGUCCUGGUUGUGUCCACCUUCAGCCAGUCGCGUCCCUACUCGAGAAACCUUCCCCUUAGAGAGUGGCAGGACAAGACUGCGUCGCUGUCAGGACCCCCCACUAGGUAUUGACUGCUGUGUCAAGUAUUAUGUGUAAAACCUUUGAUUGACAAUUUAGUAUAAUUGUGGAUGGUUUCUGAUUUUGUUUUUAAUUCUGUGGAUUGUGUUUAAACAAUUCAAAAGUAUAUUUCUGAUGAAGAGAUACUAAGUGCUGUCGCAUAGUUGUCACUUUAUUGAAUGUGUACAACAGUCCCAUGAAGUUUAUAAUGCCGACCUUGUAUAGCUUCAGGUGCUAGAAUUAAAAUUCAUCUGUUAUCACAA